AUGGCCGCACAGGUCCCCUUCCAUGGCUUCCUCCUCCUGCUGCCGCUUCUCACCAUCACCGCCGCGUCCUCCGCGCCGCUCCCGCUCCUCGCGCUGCUCUCCCUCAAGUCUUCACUGAACGACCCGGCCGGCGCGCUCAGUCCGUGGACGUACGCCGGGGCGGCGUCCGCGGGCGCCACCCGGUCGCUCUCCCCGCCGUGGUGCGCGUGGCCGGGCAUCGCGUGCGAUGCGGCCACCGGUGACAUCGUCGGGAUCGACCUGUCCCGCCGCAACCUCUCCGGCACUUUCCCCACCACAGCGGCCGCGCUGCUGGCGCCGACACUUGCAUCCCUCAACCUCAGCUGGAACGCCUUCGCCGGGGAGCUCCCGUCGGCGGUCUUCUUGCUCCGGCGGCUUGUGAAACUUGACAUCAGCCACAACUUCUUCAACUCCACCUUCCCGGAUGGCAUUGCCAAGCUCGGCUCCCUCACUGUCCUCGACGCCUACAGCAACUGCUUCGCGGGCCAGAUUCCCCGCACCAUCGGCGGGCUCCGGCGGCUCGAGCAACUCAACCUCGGCGGCAGCUUCUUCAACGGAAGCGUCCCAGCCGAGCUCGGACAGCUUCGGCAGCUACGGUUCCUGCACCUCGCCGGGAAUGCCCUCUCCGGGCAGCUGCCGAGGGAGCUCGGCGAGCUCGCACUGCUCGAACACCUUGAGAUCGGGUACAAUGGCUACGACGGUGGGAUACCGGCAGAGUUCGGUGGCCUAACGCAGCUCCAGUACCUCGACGUCGCUGCGGCAAACCUAUCGGGCUCGGUUCCGCCGGAGCUCAGUGGGCUCGUGCAGCUCCAAUCUCUGUUUCUGUUCAAGAACAAGCUGGCCGGCGCGAUACCAUCGUCUUGGUCCAGCCUCCGAGCGCUGCAGGUUCUUGACCUUUCGGACAACCACCUCGCCGGCGAGAUCCCUGCCGGAUUCGGUGAGCUCGGGAACCUCACGACGCUGAACCUCAUGAGCAACUUCCUCUCCGGCACGGUCCCGGCAACGAUCGGCGAGCUUCCGAGCCUCGAAGUACUGCAGCUGUGGAACAACUCGCUCACCGGGAGGCUGCCAGAGUCCCUCGGGGCGAGCGGGCGGCUCGCCCGCCUCGACGUGUCGACCAACUCCCUUGCCGGGCCGAUCCCGUCGGGUAUCUGCGCCGGCAACCGUCUGCUCCGCCUCAUCCUCUUCGCCAACAGAUUCAACUCUACCAUCCCGACGAGCCUCGCAAACUGCUCGUCGCUGUGGCGUGUCCGGCUCGAGUCGAACCGUCUUUCCGGCACGAUUCCGGCUGGAUUAGGCGCGGUUCAGAACCUGACGUACAUGGACUUAAGCUCCAAUGAGCUCACCGGUGGCAUUCCGUUCGAUCUGGUUGCUUCCCCGAGCCUCGAAUACCUCAACGUCUCCGGGAACCCGAUCGGCGGUGCGCUACCGGACACGGCGUGGCUGGCACCAAAGCUGCAAGUCUUGGCGGCGAGCAAGUGCGACCUGCACAGCGAGAUGCCGCCGUUUGGCGCCUCCGGGUGCGCAAACCUGUACAGGCUGGAGCUGGCCGGGAACCAGCUGAGCGGCGCGAUCCCCAGCGACAUCGGCAGGUGCAAGCGGCUGGUGAGCUUGAGGCUGCAGCACAACAACCUUAGCGGCGAGAUCCCGGCAGUGCUCGCCGCGCUGCCGUCAGUCACCGAAGGGAGCGACGGCAUCGUCGGCGCCGGGUCGUCGGGGACGGUGUACCGGGCGAAGAUGCCGAACGGCGAGGUCAUCGCCGUGAAGAAGCUGUGGCAAGCGCCGGCGCAAAAGGAGACAGCCUCUGACAACGCGCCGACGCAGAGGUGCAAACAAGACGGUGUUGACGGCGACGAGAGGGUGCUCGCGGAGGUGGAGAUGCUUGGCCACCUCCGCCACCGCAACAUCGUCCGGCUGCUCGGGUGGUGCACGAACGGCGAGACGACGAUGCUGCUGUACGAGUACAUGCCCAACGGCAGCCUCGACGAGCUCCUGCACGGCCCCGUGGCGGGCAAGACGCCGAAGGCGCGGCCGGGGUGGGACGCACGGUACAGGAUCGCCGUGGGCGUGGCGCAGGGCGUGAGCUACCUCCACCACGACUGCCUCCCGGCUGUGGCGCACCGCGACCUCAAGCCAAGCAACAUACUCCUCGACGCCGACAUGGAGGCGCGCGUCGCCGAUUUCGGCGUCGCAAAGGCCCUCCAGGGCGCCGCGCCCAUGUCCGUCGUCGCCGGCUCCUGCGGCUACAUCGCACCAGGUGAGCAGAGACUCGAGCAUGCUUCGAUCGAUACUGAUCUUUCUUCAUCUUGUGUUUUCUCAGAGUACACGUACACUCUGCGUGUGGACGAGAAGAGCGACGUGUACAGCUACGGCGUGGUGCUGCUGGAGAUUCUCACCGGGCGGAGGUCGGUGGAGGCAGAGUACGGGGAGGGGAGCAACAUCGUGGACUGGGAGGCCAGGCCCAAACCCAGCCGGAAGCCGGCGGCGAAGAAGCAAGUACCGUAG